CAUCCCAACCCUUUAAACCAUCUGCCUCCAAACUCCCCAUCAAGCGUAAAGCCCCUCAACUCGAAUUCCAACCCAUCGUCCUCCCCAAACCCCAAACGCAUCCUUUCAAAUUCCAGCGAAUCUGGUCCGAGCCCAAUGAGAUUCGUUUCCUCGAAGCCCUCCUCCGAUCCCCUUCCCUCUCUUUCCCCAAAAGACCUCCCUCUUUUCUACUCUUCCUUCUCCCACUCCAUGUCCCAUCCUUACACCAAAUCCCAGCUCUCCGAAAAGCUUAGAAGACAAAGGAAAAAGUUCAGGGUCAUCUCCUCUAGGCUCGCUCGAGGAUUGGACCCUUCUUCCCUCUCUCUUCAUGAUCGAGCUUUGUUUGAUAUUUCCCGAAGGCUUUGGGGUCCUGAGUUCGCUUCCACUUCCCCCUUCGGUAGCAACUCUCCCGGGUUUUCUCACGAUCAUGAAAUCAAUGGCGUUGCUGGGAAUGGGCUUCAUGAUGCUGAUAUGAAGGAUAAUGUUAAUGAACCGAGUUUGUGUUAUGAUUUCGCUGCGGGAAGGGAUGAGGUGAUUAAUGGCGAGGCAUUUGAUGGGGUAUUGGGAAAAAGGUUGAUGAAUGCGUUUGAUGAGUGUUUCAAGGAGGUUCGGAUGAUCUUCGUGAAGCAGGGUGUGAUUUGCUUUGAUACAAUGGAGAAGAAGUGGAAGGAGCAAAGGGUCUCGGAGUUUGAUGCGUUGGGGAGGCGCCUGAGGUUGGUUAUCCAGAAUUCUCUGAAUAGGCGAUGAAUAUUUCUUCUAGAACUGGUGGAAUAUUGUUCAUCAGUUGAGAUGAUGAAAUCUGUAUAUUCCAGCCCUUUCGUAGAUAAGCUCUCAGGUUGGUUUACAGUUUAUGUUUUCUAUGUUCUUUCAUAUUGGACAUUUUUCAUGAUAAAUAUCUGAGAUUUU